AAAAAAGAGGAUUAAAAAAAAUAAUGGAAUGUCGGCGCGUAAUAAAUGACAAUCGCGACAGCAGAGCAUCCAAAUCCGGUCGUUGCAACCGGGCCCAAUCUCUUUCUAUUUUUCUAACCGUCAAAUAAAACAAGAAAUCGCCUGCCCGAUUUAUUCUUCCCUGCACUUUGUUCCGAAAUUCCCUCUUAACGGCAUUUCCGCUUUUUUCUCUGCCAAACCCAACCUCCAACCAAACUCACUCUCCCUCCCUCACUCACAAAACAAAUCAGUCUUUCAUGUUGACUUUCCUAGAUGAAUUCCCAACCAUGUGAUUGGUUGAUUUCCUCACUCAUCAAGGAUAUUUUCGUACUUUAGCCCAAACAUAGUUUAUGUUUAUUUGGAGUUAGAACUCUAGUUACUAGUUAGUACUGCUACUUAAAUUAAAGAAUAAAAAUUACUACACAAAGCAGUUGCACUCCACGCUCUGGGUUAUAGAGCGUGACAACAGUGAGGUGGAGACGGUUAUGUUGGUCGUGGGCUAAAACUGUAAAUUUUAACCAAUCAAAUUUGCGCUUUUUCUCUCCUUUUCUCCAAAUACCAACAAAAUUUAGCUUUCGUUGCCGCUUCUCCGACCCUUAGACGGAACUCUCUCUUUCCUACCUCACCUCAGACACACCAAAAAACACCAUAAAAGCAGAAACACCAAGUUAGAAAGACUCAGACUCUGUGCACCCUUUUUCAACCUUCCGUACUCUCCAUAUUUUUUUCUCUUAUCCCUUUUGAAUUCCUUCCUCUUUUUCUAAACCCUAAUCGGCCCCAUGCCGCCUCUACAGCCUUCUCCUACGGAGGUCCGCCGCGUUGAUCCCAGAAUCUGGCGAGCUUGCGCUGGCUCUUCUGUUCAAAUCCCUACCGUUAAUUCUAGGGUUUACUACUUCCCUCAAGGCCACGCGGAACAAGUUUGCGGUUCCAUUCCAACACUAUCUUCUCUCGUACUCUCCAGACCUCUCAUCCCUUGCGUUAUCUCCGAUGUUCAUUGCCUAACCGAUCCGAAAACCGACGAAGCCUUCGCUAAACUCCUUCUCAUCCCUGUUGAACCUUCUAGACUUACCAAUCAAUUUCUAAACAUUAACGGUGAAGUUGGAGAUUCUGAUAAGAUUGUGUCGUUUGCGAAGAUUUUAACGCCAUCCGAUGCCAACAAUGGCGGUGGUUUCUCCGUCCCGCGGUUUUGCGCUGAUUCUAUUUUCCCGCCGCUUGACUACAAUGCUGAGCCGCCGGUUCAGACUCUUUCCGUCACCGACGUUCGCGGCUGCGUGUGGGAGUUUCGCCACAUAUACCGAGGAACGCCUCGUCGUCAUCUCCUCACUACAGGAUGGAGCAAGUUCGUUAAUCAAAAGAAGCUCAUCGCUGGCGAUUCUGUUGUCUUCAUGAGGGACUAUAAUGGGAAAAUGUUUAUUGGAGUCCGGCGAGCGAUGAAGACAGGAGAAAGUGGCGGGGAUUCUGGGAGGUGGAGAGAGCUAAGUGAUGGAGGAACAAUGAAAGGGGAAGGAAGGGGGAGGAUGAUGGCGGAGGUGGUGGCGGAAGCGGCGGAGAGAGCUGCAAAGGGGUUGCCAUUCGAGGUUGUGUACUAUCCUCGGGCCGGUUGGGCUGAUUUCGUGGUGAGGGCGGAGUUGGUUGAGGCUGGACUCAAUAUAUUCUGGGCUGGAGGGACGAGAGUGAAGAUGGCAGUUGAGACGGAGGAUUCGUCGCGAAUGACGUGGUUUCAAGGGACAGUCAUGUCUGCUGCUGUACCCGAUUCUGGCCCCUGGAUUGGCUCCCCUUGGCGAAUGCUUCAGGUUGCAUGGGAUGAACCUGAUGUUCUACAGAAUGCAAGGAGGGUGAGCCCAUGGCAAGUUGAAAUUGUUUCCUCCUCACCGCUUCAUUCCUCAUUCCCCUCAGCAAAGAGGUUCAAGUUUUCUCAGGAUUCUGGGCUGUCUGAUGCAGGGGGAGAAAUGUUCUUCCCUAUGACUGGGUUAACUAAUCCAAAAAUGGGGUACUUGAAUCCAUCACUGUUGAAUUACAAUUCUUUUCCUGCUGGCAUGCAGGGAGCCAGGCAAAAUCAUUUGCAAAGUUUUACCAACUAUGUGAGUGAGAAUAUCCCAAUGAUGCCCACUGAUAAUUUCUCUGGCAACUAUAUGGUGCCUAAGUUGAAUAGGAUAUCCACUGAGCUCAACAUUGGCAGUUCACAGUCUGACAACUUGUCUCCAGAUAGCCAGAGCAGUGUGGUUUCCUUUGGCACAGAACUUACUGAAAAUGGGGGGUGCAACUCGAGCAAAGUAGGUGUUAGUUCGUUUCAAUUGUUUGGCAAGAUGAUUCAUAUGAAAGAGCCUGUUGGAAGCAGAUUUGAUGAUGUAGGUUUCAUGGAAGAUGAUGGUGGUAAAAGAUAUGAUGAAGCUGCAAGUGAGAAGAAGUCAUUAGACGUUUCAUUGACUUAUGGCUGUUCAAAGCUGCUUGAAAGGCUAGAUGUCCAAUGCCAAAGAGCCUCAGCUUUUGAAGGCUUUUCCUUGUGAAUGAAUCCAUGACUGCAUUAUGCAGAUGAGCAGCUGUUUAGGUAAUUUAGGGAGGCAGGUAGCUGACAACGAGUAUGACUUCGUCAGUGCUAGUUUUACAUAUUUGCUGAGGUUUUUGUUUUUAGUUUGAGCUGUUGGAGACUUUUCGACUCUUAAAAAUGUUGACAUGUAUUGCACUUAUUAGCUCUGGAUGUCCAAGUUCCAUAUUUUCAUUGUUUGUUUGUUUUUAUGCUAAUAUGAUUUUCCUAGCCUCAUAUCCUGGCCCCCGGAGCCUGGUACUCUUUGAUGCCAAUUUUAUA